UUUAAUAACUAUUCUAUUAAAAUAAGAAUUUUCUUUUGUUCUUGUUUUUAUUUAUUUAUUUAUUAUUUUAUGCCCGAUAUAAUCAUCAAACAACUAACAAUAAAAGAUAUUUCACUAUCUAAUUCAAUUAUUAUUGACCAACUCUUAUCUCUUUUAAAACAGCUUUCUUCUUCUUCUUCCAUCACAUCACAAACUAUUCUUGAUGCCAUUCAAAAUCCUAAUCUUACUUUAUUAGUUGCAACUUGGGAUGAACAGAUCGUUGGAACUGCAUCCAUGAUCACUUUAGCUUGUAUGACAGGAGUUCGAGUUCAUCUUGAAGACGUUGUGGUUGACUCCCAUUUUCGGGGAAAGGGAGUGGCGACGUUAUUAGUGAACAAUAUCAUUGAGCGUGCGAAAAAAAUAGUGGGCGCAAAAACGUUGGACCUUACUAGUCGACCUGAAAGAGAAGCUGCAAAUCGCCUUUAUAGGAAUUUAGGGUUUCUUAAAAGAGACACAAAUGUAUAUCGACUCAAUUUACAAUAACCAAUGAUACUUGAUUUCCCCACACUUUUUUUUUUUU